AUGGAUAGCAGCUGCUUUACAGAAGAAUCCAAAAAUGAAUUAUUAGAUGUAAUAUAAGAUAAUAAUUUACCUUUUUAAGCCUAGUAGCCUCCUUAGUAGCCUUAAAGAAGAGUUUCAAAUUUAUUAAAAGAGACACUAAAAGCUGAGUUUUCUAGCUCAGUUAAGAAUGUUUAGCCAUCAUUUCCUUUCUUUGAAAGAAGAGGAGUUUAAGAAGACUUUUUUGAUAGUUCAGAUAGAAUAUCAUUCGGAUCAGAUUUUAAUCCAUUUAAAUACCCAGGAACAAUAUAAGAAGCACUGAUACAUGAAUAAGCAAAUAUUUUAGGAGAGAAAAAGAUUGAAAAUAAAAGCAAAAAGAGAGAGUAAAGCAUAAAUGAUAGUUAAAAUAGCGAUAGAUAAUAAUAGGAUUAUUAAAAUAUUUAAGAUGACAUAGAAUCAUAAUUUUGUAAAUGCUGCGGGAAAAUGAUUAAUAACAAAAAAUUAACUUUUUUUAAAUUCAACUAUUCAUGCAUUAACAAAAAAUACGGAGGAAGUUUAUCAUAUUUGUUUUAAGUAAAUAAAUUUUUUAUAGCAACUAUCUUAGCAGUCAUCUUAAUUUAUUUAAUAUACUUCUAAAUCUAAACAGAAAAAGUAUGCUCAAAUAUAAAAAAUAAAUAUAAAAAUUAACAAGAAUUCAGCACUUAAUAUAGCAAGCAACAUGAUAAGUAAACAUAAGAAUAAGAAUUUCCUGAGUGCCUCACUCUCUUUAGAUUAAGUAUAAUCAGUGAAGUCUAACUGAGGAGAUAUAGUGAUCAAGAUACACAAAUAUAUUUGGCAGAUUUGAAGUUUAUUAUAUUACUUUUAUUACAAGUGAGUAAUAUAUUCUUCUAUUAAUCUCCAUAAAUUCUUAAAAAAAUGAAUAAAAUAAAGCAAGAAACAUAGCUCACUAAAUUAAGGAAGUAAAGUCUACUUAUUAAAUAUUUACCAUAAUUAUAUACAGAUGAAGAAAUAGUUAAGAAUCUUCAAUUGAUUGUUAAAAAUACUUACAACCUAAAUGUCAAAAUUGCUUGCAUAACCAAUAUAUAUAAUACUUAUGAAAAGCAUAAACUUGUCAAUCAAAGAAUGGAUCUACUUUAAAAGAUAUAUAGUUGUACUAAGUAAACCAAAAAAUAAAAGUUGAUCGAAAAGCUAAGAUUUAACUACUCAUAGCUUAAGUAAUUAUCUGAUGAAAGUUCAGUUUUCAGUGGUUAGAUUAUUAUCACUUUUCUCUCUGAAAAGGAUUAAAUCAUAGUCUACAAUCUCCUAAACAAAAGCUACUUCCUAUCCACUGUCCAUAAACUUAAAUAACAACUUUGUGAUUAAUCAAAGGAAAAAACAACACGUAGGAUAAUAUGUGAGAAAGCUCCAGAGUUAUCAGAAAUUAUUUGGUAAAACAUUGGAUACUUGGGCAAAUAAAAAGGAUAACUUUCUGUACUUUUGAUAGCUUUUACAUUAAUUAUCUUUAUUGGAUUGCCUAGAUUGACUUAGUUUUUAUAUGAAUGGUAGUUUAAUUCAAAAUCCAGAAAUGAAACUUUGUCCCAAAAAGUUACAGAUUAUUUAAUUUCAUUAAUCUUGUUCGUAAUAUCUAACUUUGUAUGGAUAUUUAUGAAAUAUCUUCUGCAAAAAAGUAAACAGCCAACACUCUAUAUAGAAUCAAUUUAUAUGGUUGUAUGCAACUUUGCCUUUCACUUGUAGUUCUACAUAAUUGUUCCUAUCUUUUUAACUUACUUCUCUAUUAAUUUUAAAGAGGAUAAAGUUGAUUACGAAAAAGUCAAUGUUAAGGUAUAUGGAAUUGUCACACUAAUUUCUGGUUUUUGUGGUCUUAGUUUACUUGAAAUUUUUUUAGGGCCUUAAUACCUUUUGCAUAGAUAUAGGAAAUGGAAAAUACAAAGAGGUAAAAAGCAAUAUUUUUAGCAAGCACUAAAUAACCUUUAUCAGAGACCAAACUUUCCACUCGAAAAGAGAGUUGUAAUAUUGUAUAAAUAGUACACUUUUGGUAUAAUUAUAAGCUUUAUUUGUCCUAUAGCUUGGUUUUAUGUCUUAGGAGGGCUGAUUUUUCACUUUAUAGGAAAUAGAUUUGCUAUAGUUUAUUAAUAUUCUAUGUACAGUUUUUACAACUAUAAAAUUGUAACUGUAGCAACAAGAAUAGCUGCUAUUGCUAUGAUGUAUGUAGUAACCAUUUCAUAUCUUCUAACAGAGUAAAUAGAUGGGUUCUUUACAAGAGAAAGCUACAUUUAAUUUGCUAAAUAUAUGUUGGUCUUUAAUGUGUUUAUUAAUACUAUCUUUGAAAAUGUUUAUAAAGCGAUUAAAAAAAGGAGAAAAAAUAUUUAAACCAUCUAAAAGAAAAUGAUGAAAAGAGAAGAAAGUUUUGAAGUUACAGAUGAAGGAAAUGAAAAUUUAUAUUCUUACUAUAACAAAUAUUAAGAAGUCUAAGGUAAAAUUCACCCUUCGUGGUCAGACGAAAAAGUUGAAGAAAUUAUUUUCAAUUAAAAUAACUGA